UUUUAAUUUAAGUACACAAAUAAUGUUAGCAGCUAUACAAAAGUAUAUUCUUGAUGUUUUUAAAAUCUUUCUUAUUUGGAAAAAAACAGAAAACUAUAAUAUUCUAAAGAUCUUAAAAGCACAAUUUUGUGCAGUGUACCUUGGCAUCACUAAAGUCCAGUUUUGGUACGUGUGACCAUGUGCCAACCGAAAAUACUGGAUUAAUACUAAUCAUAUUCUGUAGUAUCACUAACCAAAAAACAUAUGUUUUUUGGUUAGUGGUAGUAUGCAAUCAAAGCUGUCAUAAAAAGUUAGUUGCUUUCGAGGCUUAAAUUGAUUCACACGUAGCAAGAGAUCAUGUUCGGAGCUUCGGUUAUCUUUCUGUUUGCCAGCUUGGCCUUUGUGGCGCCGCUCGAUAGGAGCUAUAAUCUUGAAAUUUAUGAAGAACAGGCAACACGCAAGGAAACCGUGCAGGAGAUCUCACCUGGGGAACUGCAGGUAAAGGGUCAUCAGGACAUUUUCUAUCCCACAUAUGACCGAUUGUUUGUCAGCUACGAAGCAGGCCGCAAUGGUUAUGUAGCCAGUUAUGUAUUUCAAGGCGCCAACAACAGAAAUAUCCAGUAUCUACCCCCAGUUCUGCUGAAGCUAAUAGUUGGUUAGGUACAAAAAUAUCGAUGUACACUAAUGUAUGUAUGACAUCAAUAAUAACUACUCUCAGAUAUGCCGAAGAUAAUUAUGUACUUGAAAUUAUUGAAUAAAUCCGGCAGCAUUCCCAGGGUUA